AUGUCUAAGAAAGCGGAACAUAAAACCAAAAGCAAAGGUUUAGAAACCGAAUUGCACCCUGCUUUACGUUCAUCGAACUUGAAUCUGCUAAGAUCAAAACGGCAAAAUCCUUAUUUAGAUGAUAGUACUAAUGCAGUAAGUCGUAACAAGCAGCACAAGGGUCUGUUCCAAUUCUUUGCACCUGGGGAAGUUAUCAAACAAGCAGAGCAGUUACGAAAGCAAAAGGCGGAGGAACUCGAACUACAACAAAAGGAGUCUGAACGUAAAGCCAGUGAAGAAAAAGAACGGAGGUUGCAAAUAGCCGCUGGGGAGUUACCAGAUGAUGAUGAAGUGUGCUACAUUAAUGAAAUCAGUUCAACUCCCAUUAUUGAGUGGUGGGAUAAAAAGUAUCUCAAAGAUGCCCAAUAUAAAGAGAUUCACAAAAAGUACAGUAUAUCGUAUGAGAACAUACAAGAUGAAAGUGAAGAUGAAUAUGAGGAUGAUGAUGAGGAGGAAGAUAGGCCGAGUAUCCGGUUUGUCAAGCAUCCAUUGCCAAUUAAAACAACUGUUCUUAGCAGUGCCAGCGCAGUACCGAAGGUUUAUUUGACGAAGAUGGAGCAACGAAAGAUCAGACGUAAUCAACGAAAGAUCAUCCGCCAGGAGAAAGAAGAGAAGGUAAGGCUAGGACUGGAGCCUAAACCAACUCCAAAGGUGAAAUUGAGUAAUAUGAUGCAUACUUUUGAAAAUGAUAAUAGUUUACAGGACCCAACUAAAUGGGAACAGCUUGUCAAGCAACAGGUAGAUGCUCGUAAUAAGAAGCAUCUACAGAUGAACGAACAAAGACACCAAGAAGCUAAAGCGAAAAAAGCUGCUGCUCAGCAGACACUGAAACAACAAGAAGGUAACGUCUGUAGAAUUUACAGAUUUACAACCCUGCAAAAUCCCAAAAUUCGCUACAAAAUAUCAGUUAAUGCCAAACAGUUACAUCUGAAAGGAUGCUGCCUACAUAUACAAGAGGGACUUGGAAUCAUUAUAACCAUUGGAACGGAAAAGUCGUCUAAGUUCUUUCAAAAGCUAGUCACUUCGCGCAUCCAAUGGACAGAGACUUUUACCAACAAGCAGACCAACGAAACCAUCAAAUGUCCCAAUGCAAAAUGCGAGUUAGUCUGGGAAGGGAUACUUGGAGACCACAGGUUUAGAGGUUGGUUUAUGAAACCAUGCAGAGACAGACAAGAAUUAACAGACAUUUUAAGCAAAUCAGGCAAUGAAACCUUCAGCCACAUACCACUAAAACUACCUGAUGAAGUCUGA